AUGUCUCUGACCGUCCACCACCUGCACAUCUCGCAGUCCGAGCGCAUCGUCUGGCUAUGCGAGGAACUCGGCAUCGCGUACACGCUCAAGACGUACACGCGGGACCCGAUCCUCGCACCCGCGGCGCUGGCGGCGCUAACGCCCCAAAAGUCCGCGCCGGUGAUGACGACGACGAACCGCGUGACGGGCAAAGAGUUCAACAUGGCCGAAUCCGGGGCGAUCGCGGCGUACAUUGACGGGGUGUUUGGCAGCGGGGCGCUGUCGCUGGAGGCCGCGCACGAGAACUACGCCGAUUUCUUGUUCUGGUUCCACUACGCCAACGCGACGCUGGGCUCGGCCUUCUUCCGCGUCAUGAGCGCCGCGUGGCUCCAGCCGGCCCCAGACAACGCCUUCGCCAAGUCCAUCCCCGCCAACGUCCACAAGCACCUCGCCGCCGUCGAGGCCCGGCUCGCCACCACGGGCGCCUUCCUCGCCGGCGACCAGUUCACCCUCGCCGACAUCAUGACCGUCUGGACUCUCACCACCGGCCGCCAGUGGACCCCGACCGAUCUGUCGCCCUACCCGGCCAUCCUGGCCUAUCUGCAGCGCAUCGGGAGUAGGGAGGCGUACCAGCGGGCCAUGGACAAGGCCGAGCCCGGCUUGGACUGGAGACAGGGUCUGACGGCAGCGGGACCCGAGCUGUUCCCGCCGUAUAGACAGAUGCUGGGACAGAUGGGGAUCGAUAUCGCCAAGAUGAAGAUUUAG